AUUCUAGAACUUUUGACACAUUUCAUUUCUUUAAUUGCCGUUGAUAGUAGAAAACAUCUACGCUAACAUACUUGAGAAGAAGCAAUCGUUAGAAUACGCAUCCAAUUCCUCUGCCGAGUUAAUCACAUCAUAUUUGCUACUUCUUUUUCACGCAAACCAUCCAUCUCCAUAAGCUACCAUGACAUCAUCCGCCCCGAAACCCCCGCGUGGCCACUUCAGCGUGCUCUAUUUUGCCGGCGCAGGCUCUUUCACGGGACGGGACUCUGAGAGCUUGCCUGCGCCUUUGCCCUUGGGGAAGCUUUUUUCCGAGCUUGAGUCACGAUAUCCCGGCGUCCAGGCCAAAAUCCUCGACUCCUGUUUGGUAACGGUCAACCUUGAUUAUGUAGACAUUCCCGAAGACGGUGAGGGCGGCGCUCUGAUCCAAGAGGGAGAUGAGGUUGCCAUAAUUCCACCCGUCAGCUCUGGCUGAAUAUCUGGCCGUAUUUUUUGCCCGUAUAGUGACGCGUGCGGCCAGGGACCAAAUUCAGAGGGACUUUCAAGGAGACACAUGAUCUUCCUGGGGUGGUGAGAGCAACGGGUCUCGCUCUGGAUCUGCUCUGCCGGUUCGGUUUUGAAAUGACUGUUUCCACCGAGAUAGCCAUUCCCAGCUGAUCACUUUUUGUUCGGAUUUCCGUAUUCUCCGAACCGUAACGACUGCUGCGG